AUGGAUCAACAUCAUUUUCUGUUCUUUUCAUUACUUUUGUUGUGUUUAUUAUCACGGGAAACCCAGUCAUUUUCCUUUACAUGGCGAGGGUCUUCUUCUUCAUAUGAUGAUACCAACAAGGAUGACAACAACAAUUAUCAGAAGUCUGGCGGUGUCGCGAAGUUCUCAAUGGAACUGCCUAACGAUCCCAAGGGAAACGAGUCAGUUGAAACUGCACAACAGAGAUUAGCAAGUAAGCCGAAUUCUUGUUGGCAAAAUGCUUACGAAAAUCUUUUCGCUACGUGUUCUGUAAUUCUCAAAGAUGGUGAGAAGAGAUCUAGACUUGCAUGGCAGUUAAGUGAUUGUUUCCAAAAGGAUUCCGGCCGGCCUUCGUUUCCGUCAUGUGAUUCUCAGUCAGAUAUGUUGAAAUGUCUGACAAAGUUGGACGAAUCCGCACAUAAAAUUUACCUUGAAUUCUAUCUUCACACAAAUUCAGUAUGUCAUCAACUGCAGGCUAAUGCGUUCAAGAUUGAGACGGAGAGACUUGUAAAUGACUUGAAGAAGUCUGCAGAAUUCGCCGAGGAAAAAUUGCAUACCAUCCAGGAAAAUUCUGAACGGCUUAUACAGAAUUCGGAACAGAUUGAGAAUUCGUUAACUUCCUUGGACAGUAAAACGCAGCAAGUGGCCGAGACGUCAGAAAAAGUUGGAGACCAGAUUGACGUUUCAUUGAAACAUUCUAGUGUUAUUUUGGAACAGUCGAAGUUAAUCGCGGCGUCUCAAUCAGAAUUACGACAAGGACAGACAGACAUGAGAGAAGUGUUGCAGGGAGGAAUGGAAAUCCUUCAUGAAUCUUAUGAGAAGUUAGGCCAAAAUGUAGAGAAACUGAGAAAUGAGGCUGUUGAGAUAGAGAAAGAGAUACAUAGAGUUAGCAAUUCAAUGUCCACCAAGAUGGAAAAUCUGCAAAACAAAGCUAACGAUAUCGGAAACGUUGCAGGACUUUCUUUAGAUAAGCAGAAACAACUCCUGGAUGGACAAUCUACAGCUCUGGAAGGACUUGAUUUUUUGACUAAAUUCCAGUCCCAAGCGCUAGAAGAAAGCAGGGCUUCUCUGCAAACACUGGCCGAGUUUGGCCAAAAGCAACAAGAAGAACUCUUAAGACGGCAACAACAAAUUCAACAAGCGCAUGACCAUUUGAUUGAGAAUUCAAAAUCCAUAUUGGCAGCUCAGGAAGAAUUCGAAUCGAAGCAGGCUAGCAUGUUUUUGGCGCUUGACAAACUCUUCACCUUGCACAAUGCCAUCUUGCUCGAAUCGCGUUCUAUAAAAGCUUUUUUAUUCUACUCCUUUGUCAUCUUUUUACUUUACAUGCUAACCAGUGCUAAGCAGACGUACGGCAUGAGGGCACGGCUCUAUUUAGGACUAUGCGCCAUAUUCCUUGUUGAAUUCAUAAUGUGCCGGUUCGGAGUAGACCUGGAUCAACAAGUAUGGUUAGCGUCAAAGGUUACGCUUGCGAGAUCUUCGUUCCUAGUUGCUGCGGCUGUUCAACUUUUGUAUUCCAUUUUCACGUACAGGGAUUACGAAGUGCUGAACCAUCGAAUGUUAGAGACUCUAAUUGACAAAGUUAACACGAUGGAAAGGAAGAGAGCCAUGCCCUUGGAAAUUGAUGAGAGCAGUGAUGAUAUCGACUUUUCAACUUGGAUAGAUGAAGAUUUGUCAGAAGAUGAAAAUUUCUGUAAAGAUCCCGACUUCUUGUUACCAGAGGAGGUUGCAGAAAAUUCAGUCACAACAAGUUCAUAUUCAAGACAGUACGAUCUUCGGCCUCGCCGUGUAUGUCAAUGA